CUCCCAGUCGCACCGAGCAAUAACACAUAUAGGAUUCCAUGAAUAACAUAUUGAAUUUGUAUUACCGGUAAUGGCGGUUCAUAAAUCAGAACUGAACCGAGCUCAGGGAAUGCGUAAUGGAGACCACGGUCAAAAGUGUUGAGUUCAGGUUCGAAUGGCCAACAUCUAUCAUUCGUUGGCCAGAUCCCGAAGAGAAAGCCACAAAAUGUCCACGCUAACCAGGACCGUUGGCCCAGUUCGUCCUGCGACAACAUGGUUCUCAUGGAGAGCUACUUCUUUUGCGCCUCCGUUCGACUUGGAGUCCUUUGCAUCUGCACCAUUGCCGCCUUAAAAAGCAUUAUCAUCAUGUGGAUGAUUUUCUCCGAUGGCACCUCUUUCCUCUUCUCCGUGAUCAACAUAUUGGAAGCCCACUAUAAGACUAGCAAGAUUAUGAGGAUUACGACUGACUGGGUGGAAAAAUAUCCAAGAGAGCUGAUGAUGUUUUUGCAACUUUACAGCUUAUGUCAUAUUAUAGCCUGCAUUUUAGCGGCCUUUGGAGCAUACAAGCUCAAGAAGUACCACGUUAUACCUUUGGCUAUCUUCGAGUUCAUUUUCACAGUUCAAGUAGUGGUUUUUACAAUUAUAUCCCUUCGGAUCGCCAGACAUAUUGUUCCCUUGGCCACCCUAAUCCUGAUAACCCUUUGUCUGACCUUCUAUGCAAUGCUCGUGGCCUACGAUACCUUGACGUUAAUUGCCUUCGUGCAAAUUAUGUUUCUGGUGCGGAGCGAACGAUACCAACGACUUUAUGGAACCGAUCCCCUGAAUCCAGUAACUGAUGGAACCCUUAAUAAACAAAUAUUACCAGUUAAUCCAAUCUCACAGCAACCCAUAAUUAUUUAUGUUAUGCCCAAAGCAGGACAAAAACUGUGGGAUGUUCCGCAAACAAAAUGGUGGCAGGACCAAAAAGCUGAUAGUCGUGCUCCACAAAAACCACCUCAGGAUGUCUCUUCGGAAUUUUUCCAGCGUCAGGAGCUCCUUUCAAACGUCUUGCUGCGAAAUGCCAUUAACGAAGACUAUUUGCACAAAGAAAGAAGAGUUGGAAUCUAGAA